AUGAUAGGUUCAUUUAUUAGUUUAUUUUUACUUGGAUUUGCACAUUAUUAAAUUGUAUAUACACAACCAGGUCCAAUAACUAUUACUGAAACUCCUGUUGAAUUAAUGUAAUAAAAAAACUUAGAACUCAAUUUUAUUAAAGUAAAUAAAGAAUAAUUGAAUAAAAAAUGUUAGAAAUGCAACAAUAAAUGGAAACCCCCAAAGACUCAUCAUUGUUAAACUUGCAAAAAAUGUAUUCAUUUUAGAGAUCAUCAUUGCUUUUGGUUUAAUUGUUGUGUUGGCUAUAAAAAUUUAAAAUAUUUUUGCCAAUUUUUAAUGUACUUUAGUAUAGUGUUAAUAAUGCAAGGGAUUUCAUGUCUAAUUUGGUUUUUUAAUUAACUUUAACAAUUACAUAAUUACGGAUUAAUAAAUUUAUAAUGGUCUUCCGUUUAUACUUUGAUAUCCAUUGAAGUUAUUUUUAAAUUAUUUCAAUUGUUUAUGAUUUAUGCAGGUUAUUAAUUAAUUUAUUAAUUAUUAAAAGAUAAAUUACUUUAAUUACCAGAUUUGACUACUUAUAAUGAAUAAAGAGGCAAUAAAUAUGUAUAUUAUGCAGAUUUUAAAUGGAAAUUAAUAAGACUACUUGGUAAAAACAUCCUCUAUUGGAUUUUACCAAUUCCUAAUAAAUUCAAUUUAAAUUACUUAGAACUUACUUAUCCUAAAGUUACAGCUGGAGAAGAACUUUUUGAUUAUUAUCUGGGUCAUCUGGAUAAGCAGGAUAAGGAUUAUGACUUUUACAAAAAUUUUGAAAUAAAAUGA